CUCCUCUAUAAGUCUAUCUAUCUGUAAAAGAAAACACGUGUUGACAAUCGCGAGACUUGAAGCAGUUUGAAGUUCCAGCCCAGGAGACUAAUUAAAGUAGGGAACUAGAACUGCCGCCGCCGUCGCCCCCGUCCGUCUGGUCUUCUGCUGCUGUGUUUCCGUCCCUGUAUACGUCAGAAUCUGUCUGUCUCCCUUCUGCCUGGAAGCAGCAACUGAGCAAGUUUGAGUGAUCAGUGAUUGCCAUGACGACCGCUCCAAUUCAACUCGACACAUACAAGUUGGGAUUCAUCGGUGCAGGGAAAAUGGCUGAGAGCAUUGCGAGAGGAGUAGUGCAGUCCGGUGUCCUCCACCCUUCCCGCAUUUCUACUGCCCACUCGAAUCCUCUUCGCCGCUCUGCCUUUGAGUCGUUUGGUGUUAAAGUUUUCUCUCAGAACCAACAAGUGGUUGAAGAUAGUGAUGUGGUGAUUUUUUCUGUGAAGCCCCAAGUUGUUAAGGAUGUGGUGUUGCAGUUGCAGCCCCUGCUAUCGAAGAAAAAACUAUUGGUCUCAGUGGCUGCUGGUGUCAAAUUAAAAGAUUUGCAGACAUGGGCAGGAAGUGAAAGAUUUGUUAGGGUGAUGCCUAACACUCCUGCUGCAGUGGGAGAGGCAGCAACAGUAUUAUUCUUCUUGUGUACAUUAUUUUUUCACUGUGCUUGUUUCUGUCUAGUAAUGAGUUUGGGUGGAGCUGCGACUGAGGCAGAUGGGGAACUGAUAUCCAAGUUAUUUGGAUCUGUUGGCAAGAUAUGGAAAGCUGAUGAGAAGCUAUUCGAUGCAAUUACAGGGCUGAGUGGUAGUGGACCGGCAUACGUGUACAUAGCAAUAGAAGCUUUGGCUGAUGGAGGGGUAGCUGCUGGCUUGCCACGAGAGCUUGCACUCGGUCUAGCAUCUCAAACUGUGUUGGGGGCAGCAAGUAUGGUGUGUCAAAGUGGGAAGCAUCCAGGGCAGCUGAAGGACGAAGUGGCGUCACCAGGAGGAACUACCAUUGCGGGGAUACAUGAGCUGGAGAAGGAUGGAUUCAGGGGUUUGCUUAUGAAUGCUGUUGUUGCUGCUGCUAAGCGCAGCCGAGAAUUCUCCAACUAGAGAAGCAAACACCUUUUUUCAUCUUGCGAAAAUUAGUCCAGCUCCAAGAAACCAACCACUCCAGUUUUUUUAAGGCAUCUCAGACCUAUUUGCUAUCCAUCUUUGAGCUUUUACCUUCGGCGUGGAACAAUAAAGUUGAAUUUCUUGGUGAAGUUUAGAGUGUAUUAGUACUCAAUUUCUUGGAACUGGUCAAUGUUUAAAAAUCAAUUAUUAUAUCAUGCGUGUAUGAAUUUAUACAAAAAAUGUAC